AUGACUCUUCAUGGAUUACAUGAUUUAUUGGAAGAAAUAAAAUCCGUAAAAUCUUCAGAUCCUAAUUUAUUAAAGCACAAUGAAUCAAAUAUUUUAAAUUCCAAUUCUUUUUCUAAACGAUUAUUAAAAUCAAUUGAUGAGGAAUAG